AUCGUAUCUGUAGCGGUAGCGAAUAGCGUCACUAACGAAAGGGGCGACAAGUGCUACGGUCGAACUAUUUACUUGAAUCUGUGUGCGAGUUGAUUUAGUGUGUGGGUCAAAGCGAAGGGGCAAAAAAGAAGUCAUCGUAGGAAUCACUGCCAUCACACUAAAGAACACGAUCACUCAUCUUUCUAUCGGUUCUUGCAAAUGGAGCACAGUCAUAAGAAUACCGACUGUUAUUUUUUCUAUUACUCAACAUGCACAAAGGGUGAUAACUGUCCAUUUAGACAUGAACCAUCUGCCUUGGGUUGCGAAACAAUGUGCGUAUAUUGGAAGCAGGGCAAAUGCUUUGAUGAACACUGUAACUUUAGGCAUAUGGAAUUAAGAAAAAAUCGCAAGUCGAUUCCAUGUUAUUGGGAAACACAACCUGGUGGUUGUAGAAAGCCACACUGUUCAUUUAUGCAUAAAAACGCUCGUACAAUUACUAAUGAUCCUAUUAAUCCAGUGAAAAAUUUUGAUUUAACAUCAAAAACAAUGAAUCAAGAAUGGUCAAAUCGUCAAGAUGACACAAAAUAUGAUGGUAGUAGUACUGAGUCAGAUCAAGGUAGAGGAAGCAGUGAAGCAGGCAGUUUUAUUGGCAGUCCAGCUGUUGAUCCUCUUAUCGUCAAAUUUGAAGAAGAAUCGGACAAUGAAAGUGUACCGUCUCCAGUAAAGCCGCAGCUGAGGGUACCAUACUGCAAGACAUACGAGGAGAUUCGUCUGGAGGAGAUUCAAGCCGAAAGCGCCGCCUACUAUUCCUAUCAGACUGAAGACUGUCAGAGUGAUGUUGGUGGCGGGAAGAUCAAGACUCGUAGGACCAAACAGAUCUGUCAUCUGUCAAUGAACAACGAAUCGAGCGACAAAAAGGGAUUGGACUUUGAGGUUCUCUCACUGGAUGAAAUUCGCCGUCGAAAAUACAAAGGUUUCGAAGAAAAUAAAAUCAGAAGCACAGAAUCGAUGGAUUCAAUCAAUACAAAGGAAUCGACAGAAUUUCUGAAAGGCGCUGUAGAAACUUUCGCUGAAUUUAAAGAAGCAGUUUCAAUUAGAGGAGUGAAAAGACGUUUGGGAAAUGUAGAAGAGGACACUUCUAAGCGCAAAAUGAAGUAUAAUAACGAUCGUAGUGCCAUCUCGAGCAGUGUGCCGCCUGUGAAGCUCAGAAGAUCUCCAAAGAGGUUGAGUUUGCUGCGCAGUGAAGAACGAGAUGAAAAAAUUGGUCAAGAAGAGCAAAUGGAAGAAAAGAAAGAAGGAUCUGGUAGCAAUAGUCCCGAAUUAAGUUCUAUGGAAAGAUUGAACGAAUCAAAGUCAACGAGUUCGAAUAGUAGACCUAGGAAGAAUGAAGUUGAGGUUAGGUUAUGUGAUAGCAGCACGAAUGAGGAUCAGGUGCAAUUAGAAAAAAGUGAAGGGAAGAAAUCGGUUGAUACGAACACUGUGGUGGAUUCUAAAGAAGCAGAUAGUUUGUUGAAUGUGAAUGAAGAGGAUUAUUUGACAUUGGACAUGGCGUCGGAUGAUAUUUUGAAGGACAUCGACGCGUUGCUCAAAGAUAAAACCUCGGUUUGGAGGAGAUGCUAAGAAACGUGUACUUAUGUGAAAAAUCGACUGGAAUAACAUUUGCUCAUUUUCUAUGGUUUGUUUCUCUUUCUAUCUAUAAUCGAUGAGUGGAGAAAUAAAAUUCUCUGGUCGACUUGCUUUCCACAUUUUCGAGUUGACUGAGGGAUUCUGUCUGGUUUUUUUACCACAAAUGAGAUAAGUGAGACUGUCCAUAGAUAGAAUUUUGUCGUAGGUUGAUUCUUCAAUAGAUGAAGAAGAUUUUUAGAUAAUUAUUGUACUAACUAUUGUUGUGGAGACUAGUAAAGGAUGAGGAGAAUCGUAUCUUCGAAUUCGAUUGUUUCGUGGAGGCCUGUAUUCUAUUUAAGCGAUGUGGGCGUGAUUUGUUUCUGAAGGAAUGAAUGAAGAAUUUUAGAUUCUUGCGUGGUUAUUGAUCAAUACCUAAUACUUUUGUUCUGAUUUAUCAGAAUAUACAGGGUAUCCCAGUAAUCAAGGUAUGAUUACAUAACACUCUAUGUGAUAAGGCAAAUUGAAAAUAUAGAAUAACAUUUGCCAAAUUUAUCAAAUAUAUUUGAACUUUGCUACACAGGUGUAGAUAAUCGAUAUGAGAUUAUUCUAUGUGCGGAAAUAAUUACAAAUUGUACAAUACAAUUUUUUCAUAGGAUCAAUUUCCGUUUCCGACAAUAUUAAAUUCGACAAUUUGUUAAAUGCACGUAUUACAUCAAAUCAAUUUUUAAUUAAAUACGUUCGAAGCCUAUUUUCUUGAAAACAAGACUUUAAACGGAAGAAUUGUAUUGUACAUUUUUGUCUGAUUUUCGCAUGUAGAAUAAUUUCCUGCUGAUCGUUCACUCGCAUACUAAUAAGUAAUUAUUCAAGUUCACGUGUGGUACCAAACAAAUUUUUAAGUUCGAUUUUAUUAAAAAUGAAAAUUCCGUAUGAAAAACUUUUAUUUUAUAUCUUCGAGUUAUUUUUUACGUAGAAUCAUGCAUUUGUUGAUUGUACUACGAUAGCUAGGAUACUCUGUAUUCUCAGUAUUCCCAAUAUUUUUAAAAUUUAAUAUUCAAUUUCAUUCAACAUUUUUUCUUUUAUCUACUUAAUAUAAAAUAUAACAAUUGGAAGAAUGAAUGAUUGAUUUGGAAAGAUAAAUUAAUUUGGGAAAAAUAGUUUCGGUUUAAUGUUUGCAGAAGGUUCAUGGGCCUUGCUUGUUUAUUAUUCCAGUAUUCCUUUGUUCGAUAUGAUUUUAAUAUAAUGCUAUGUAUCUUAUUAUAUAGUUUCUGUGUUAUAACAUUUGGUCACCAUGAUUACUCUUGGAAACGAAUGCAUUUCCACCGUUUUUAUUUAUCCUUCCAUAUUUUUCUUUUGAUUACUAUGCGCGUUUUAUUUACUCGAACAAACGAGAUAAAAUUUCUUGUACAUCAUAUAUGUAUUAUAUUUAUAUACAGAGUGUAAAAAAAUAAUGAUCUGAAAUUCUAAAAACUUACAAUAUUUAUUAAGCGGAAUAAAAGAUGCUUAAUCAAUAUUGAAUCUAUAAUUAAUUUUUUCAACAAAAAUGUAAUUUUAUAUCUUCAAACAAUUUAGGUACUUACGUCUCGUGGUAAUACUAUUAUUAAAAUUUAUUAUAUAAAUCAAAUUUAAUAAUAAAAUUCAAAUGUAAACAGAAAUAUUUAUCAAAAUUGAAAUUUAAGGGAAGAUACCACCAAUAUCAAGAAAAUAUCAUAGUCAACCGUAACAUUUUAUUAUUUACUUCAAAGAGACGUUUGAUUUGUUUUUUAUUUGUAUUCAAUAUUGUGUUAUCUUGUUUGAUAGAUAUAUACACAUUUUCUACUUUUAUAAUUCAACUACGUUAUUAAAUAAUGUAGUUGAUUGAAUUAAUAGAAUUAAGUAAACUAAGUUUGGGGGCUCAGAUUAUAUUCGACGUUAUUUACAAGUAUUAAUUUUAGAACAAUGUUGAUUGAACAUUUUUUAUUCUUUUUAGUAGACAUCGUAAGUUUUUAAAGUGUAAGAUAUUUGCUUUUUUAAUAUUCCUAUUAUACAGGAUAAUUCAUCUAAUUUUAAGUCAUCAAAUGACUUAUAACUCUGAUUUUUUAUAUGAAAUAUAUAUCAUGUGACUUUUCCCUGAAAUGUUUUUUUUUAUAACAGUCAAAAUUACACGAUUAAUUUAAUUACUCUGUAUAUAAAUAAUUAAAUAAUUUAAACAAGAUGCUGAGAAUAUUUUAUUCUCGUGUAGAAUGAGAUACUUAACGAAUAAUAUUUGAAGGCAUCUCCAUAUUUCUUAAAAAUAUGUUGUUAGAGAAACAUUGCCUUUAAGCAUAUUUUUUACUGUCCAACGUUUUUGCAAUUAUUUUUCAUUCAAAUUAUUUUUAUUUUGGAGCAAUACUUUUUGUCGUUUAACAUCAUUUGAAGAAUCUUAAAUGAUUGUCAAAAAAAGUUGAGACAAAUUAUAAAUGUGUCGAGAUGAGUAAAUUUUUAAAUAAUGAUGCUUGUUAAUUAACAGUAAAAAACUGUUUUUAAGUCCAAUAUUGGACUUAAAAAUGUCAAUUACAUUUUUCGUCUAAAGAAUGAUUUAAAUUUCGUUUUUGCUAAAGAUUUUUCAAAAGCAGUUUCGAUUGAAAUUGAAUCGAGAUUAAGAUAUAAUUGAUUAUUAUAAAAUUGCAGCAGGAUUAAUUUGUCCAAAAUUUUGUAUUCUAUGAAAAAUAAUAACAACUAAUAAGAUAGUAUGAAUGUGUAUAUAUGUUUGUUUAAUGUGAAAUUCUUUGAUCUAUUCAAUUUUAGAUAUGUUACGAAACUUUGAAUUGAAUGGAAGAGUUCUCUGACAUCUUGCUAGUAUUAUCAGUAGCUUUACUGUAAUAUUAACAAUUUAUACUUUUAAUUUUGUUGUCAAUUUCAAAAUGUCGUUAGAUAUUUGUUCAAAAAGAAAAGUUUCGUAAAAUAUCGAGAAUAUAAAUUAUCAAAAAAGUAUGGAAGAAAAAAUGAACUUUAUUAAAAGAAAGUAACAUAACAUGAAUGACGAUUAAAAAUAAUUAAAAAGUAUUUAAAAAAUAACUGUAGAUUAAUUAGGUAAUAAUUUUUUAAUUCAAGUAAAUGUUAUUUUUCAGACGAAUUGGUACAAAAGAUUUGAACACUUUUUUAAAAUGUGAAAUUUUUACAUUUUUAAGUGAUAUUCAAUUCUCUUUUAAUCAAACAACAAACCUAUACGCUUACAAUCAAGCUACACCUGUGUUUAGACGAAUAAACCAAAUUUUGUGAAAAUUGUUGCCUACGUUUUAUUCGAUAUGAAUCUUGUGGUAGGAAUUAGAAGGUCAACGAAUUUCAUGUUGUUUCUCCAAAAGUUAAACGAAUUUGUAGAUCGUUCAUACUGUUGGUCAUUCGGUAUUUCUACAGAUCGAGGUACCUUCUGAUGCGAUUGUGCCAAAGAAGUAUUAAAUUGGAACAAAUAUACGAUUGUUACAUUUGCAAA